AUGGUAUCUACUUUAAGCUUCCAGUCUUUGACGGUAAGUGAUGAUUUUAGUUUCUUCAAGAUAUUACUGGAUUUUGCCACUGGUGUCUUUAUCAGUUGGGCAAUACGUUCAAAUGUGUGCUGUUUGAAAGGUAAGAGGCCCCAUGAAACCUGGGGUAAAGAUACCUUUCAGAGGUAAUACCAGGCUACUAACAGUCCCUUGGUUCCUCAGGUGCUGUGUAUGAUGGGGGUGUUGGUGAUGAUGAUGAUGAUGAUGAUGGGGGCAGAGGCGGCCCCCCGUGUCCAUCCAGAGAAGACAGAGAUCCACACACGGAACACCCUGCAGACACACAAGAAGCCUACAGAGUCAGAGUCUACAGGUCCCGACACAGUAAUUCUUCCCCUGCGCCUAGACCCAAGUGACUUGGUUCCUUCCCAUUCCAUCAGACCCAUUUGGAACCAUUCGAUCUCCCCAUGGACUUACAAGUAAGGACCAACAAGUAACUUACACAGACACAAUGCAAAUAUCACAAUACAAGGGGACAUGGAUACCAACACCAAGACACACACACAUUUUGUUAUUCUAUCCUUGUGGGGAUCUCAAAUGUAUUUGCAUUCAAAAUUCUAUUUUCCUUAACCCCUAACCUAACCUAACCCAAAUCCUAAACCUAACUCCUAACCCUAACCAUUAACACCUUACCCUAACCCUAAUUGUAACCCUAAUUGUAACCCUAACCCUAAACCUAACCCUUAAGCUUAAAAUAGCCUUUGUCCUCAUGGGGAGGUGGGCCAUUUUCCUUUUCCCGCCCCACACUCACACACACACACUUUGUUUUUAUACCUUCCAUACCUUUAAGAUGCUUGCCUUGAAAUAAGUAUGAGGAAAUAUCAACUCUGCUCUGUUGAAUACAUUGUGAUCUCUAAUAUCGUCCGCUCCCCCUCUCUCUCUCUCCAGCACUACCUAUGACAAUAGACGCUUUCCCCCCAUCAUCUCGGAGGUCAGGUGCUCUCUGGAGGGAUGUCUGAACGUUGCGGGUAAGGAGGACAGGAACCUGGAGUCCAAACCCAUCUUCUACCAGAUCCUGGUCCUGUGGAAGGUGAUGGGAAGUGGGAAGAAAUGCCACUACCGGCUAGAGUCAAAGGUUAUCUCAGUGGGCUGCACCUGUGUCAGGCCUACCAUCGAACACCAACAGUAA